CUUGGGGGCAGUGUGGCAAGCACCAUGUAGACUAAACACAACGACCCUGCAGUUUUCCGGUAACAGGAGGAUUCCCACAGGAUCACUUCCAUCCCCACUCCUGGUCUCCUCUCCCAUGGCUGGAAUGUUUCCUGCUGGCUAUGACCUUAAGAACCCUGGUGCGGAUGGAUGGAGCUGGCAUAAGCCUGCGUGAGAGGCCUGGCUCGCAGCAGCUGCAAGAUGGAGCAGGGCGCUGGACGCAAGCCGCUGCUGCUGCCGCUGCUGCUGCUACUGCUGGCGCGGAUGCCCUGCAGAUGCUCAGGGGCAGACGGGUUGAGCGACUACACAACGGUCAUCCAAGUGACCAACGGCGGCCCCUGGGGCGACUGGGCCUGGCCUGAGAUGUGUCCUGACGGGUACUUCAGCAGCGGCUUCUCGCUCAAGGUGGAGCCCUCUCAGGGCCUUCCCGGCGACGACACGGCUCUGAACGGGGUCCGGCUGCACUGCACGCGGGGGAACGCCGAGCGCAACACGCAUGUGGUGGAGUCCCAGUCUGGAAGGUGGGGCGCGUGGAGCGAGCCGCUGUGGUGUCCCAGCGGCGCCUUCCUAGUGGCUUUCUCGCUUCGCGUGGAGCCAUCCACCUCUCUCGGGGACAACACGGCAGCGAACAACGUGCGCUUCCGCUGCUCAGACGGCACCGAGUUGGAGGGCCCUGGCCAGACCUGGGGGGUCUUUGGAGACUGGAGCGGCUCCUGCCCCAAAGGCGUGUGCGGCUUGCAGACCAAGGUCGAGCGGCCGCGCGGCCUGCGGGACGACACCGCGCUGAACGACCUGCGCCUCUUCUGCUGCCGCAACUGA